AUGAAGAAGCAAAAUGUUCGCACUCUAUCGUUAAUUGUGUGCACAUUUACUUAUUUAUUGGUUGGUGCCGCUGUUUUUGAUGCACUUGAGUCUACCACUGAAAGAAACAGAUUUGAAGUUUUACAAGCGAUCGAAGGAAUGAUAAUAAGCAAAUACAAUAUAUCUGAAGAAGAUUUCCGCGUGAUGGAGACUGUGGUGCUCAAGUCGGAGCCGCACAAAGCUGGCCAGCAGUGGAAGUUCACUGGCGCUUUCUACUAUGCUACUACAGUGCUUACUACUAUUGGCUAUGGCCAUUCAACUCCUGCGACUAUUGGUGGGAAGCUGUUUACGAUGUUCUACGCGAUUGUGGGUAUUCCCCUCGGACUGAUCAUGUUCCAGAGUAUCGGUGAACGUGUUAAUAGAUUGAGCAGCGUAAUAAUAAAGUCGAUAAAACGCGCAAUGAAUUGCAAGCAAACGCAUGCGUCAGAAGUGGACCUAAUAUGUGUAGUGACGACACUCUCGUCGCUGACUAUAGCGGGGGGCGCCGCCGCCUUCUCAAAGUUCGAGGGAUGGAGCUAUUUCGAUAGUGUUUACUAUUGUUUUAUCACUUUGACUACUAUAGGUUUCGGAGAUAUGGUAGCGUUACAGAAAGACAACGCGUUAAACAGAAAGCCUUCGUACGUGAUGUUUGCUCUGAUAUUCAUCCUAUUCGGCCUUGCGAUUGUGGCCGCCUGUCUCAACUUGCUAGUACUUCGGUUCGUCACUAUGAAUACUGAGGACGAGAAACGAGAUCAACAGCAGGCGGAACAGGCGCAGCAAGUGGCGGUGCGGCUGGAGGGCGACGUGAUCACGGCGGACGGCGCCGUGCUGCGCGGCGUGGCGCGCGGCACGCGCCUGCCCGCGCCCGCGCGCCUCGUGCGUCCCGGUGAUACAUCGAUGGUUCCUUUAUACGUAGACGAGGACUAUCCUCCCAGCGUGUGUAGUUGUUCUUGCAGCUGCUUUGGACCAAAUAAAUCGAUACCUUACCGCGAUCCACUAUCGCCAGUGCCGCCCACCAACAUCAAACAAAUCAGAGCUAAGAUACCUGCUUACCGGGAAUUAGGCAAUAUACCGCGUUACAGAGAGAAAUCAUCAACGAAAAAUCGAUCGCAGUCCAUUAGACUAAACUCUGCUUCAGGAUACUUGUAUAUGAACGCGAAAACCAACGAAUUUCAACUAGAUCCGGAUGAUUUUCGCGAAAUCGUCGCAAAAAGACGCGAACAACUGCGUAAAGGGAUGACCAGUUGCGAAUUGUCUCACGAUCAAUUCUUAAAUCCAUAUAGCUUUAACAGGGAAAGUCCCCACAGUUCAUUAUAUUCUAUGAAUAUUCGGACCGAAAAUCGUAGCAACGAUCCACUCGUAGACGAUUACGAUUCCGAGAAAUCGAGUUAUGCGAAAAAGAAGUUAAUGAAGAACAUAGCGAGAAACACGAACAAUAAACGCGUCGAAAACUAUUUCUACGAUGACGCAGUGCUGCAUUUUGACGACGAAUACGCUUUCGAUGGAUCGAUUUUAUUUGCGAAGAGAAGAAAAUCGAUUAAUCAGAACUGGGAGGAAUUUACGUGCGAUUUUAAAAACUCGAUUAACGAUCAAACUUCGAAUGACGGUAGUUAUGGAUAUUAUUUGCCAGAUGAAGAGGAACAAGAGCAGUUUUUCGUGAACGAUACCCUAACUUUCAACCUACCCUCGCACCGUGCGAGUAUU